GGAACUUUAAGGAGGCAGAAGCCGCGCUGUUGGGGUAUCAACGCUGCGGUAGUGAGGGGUAUUAGGGGUCCGUGCCCCCCGCAGGCUCAUGGCGGCUCUCACGUUGCCGGUAGUCUCGACCCCUGCAGCGGCCAUUUCCGAGCUGUCUAUCCCUCUGCCGGGGGUGAUAUUCCUGGCGGUCUCGCUGUAUCUCAUUGUGCUGCUGUUUCUCGUGCUCCUUCACCAGUGCUUGCAGGCCCGCGGGUGCUGCCCGUCAUGCUUGGGUUGGCAGAAGGUGGGUGAGUUGGGGGUGUGCGACACGUGUGUGAGCUGCGCCCAGUCAUGUGACUGCAGGGUCCCCUCCGCCACACAGUGUAUGGACAGCUGCUGCCCCACCAAGCCGGGCUGCGGAGACUGCCGUGGUCUGUCCCGGUGCCCGCUGUGUGACGUCGCCUGCACCUGCCAACCCCCUGACUGCAACCUCAUCAACUGCUUCUGCUGCGAAAUCAAACUGCGCUGACGGGUCCAGGUGCUCAGGGGCCCCCCCGGCGCUUCUCCGGGACUGGACUUGGGGACCCUCUGCCGUCGCACCGCGUGAAGCUUCCCGUUCUCCAGUUAUUGCCCCGGUGCCUCUCGUUCCCCGGUGACGUCUGCCGUGGUGGCUGACGCUGGUGCUGAGUUACAAUUUGCCUCCCUGUUCUAAUCUUAAUGGUUCUUACCUGCCCCCCCAGCGAGAUAUAACAUUCUAAUUGCCCGCUCCUAUUACCCCUAAAUGCCCCGCGGGAAAUAAUUCCUUAACCCUGUCUAACACUACAGGGGAGAGAAAAAAUCUUUUAAUUCUGAUGGGAAAGUGUGUUCAGGCCAGCAGUCAUCUCUAAGGGGUUUUUUUAACCGAAAUCUUUUCUCCCCAAAAUCAGUUUUUUAUGUUUUUUUUAAUGAAUGUAUUUUUGUUUUUUCAACUUUAUAUGUUU